CUCUCUCUCUCUCUCUCUCUCUCUCUCUCUCUCUCUGUAGUCUGUCUCUCUCUUGCUUUCGUUGACUGUCCCGCCCAGUGUUGAGUUCCCCCAGCUCAGUUCAGAGCCUCCGUGUUUCCCUCGGCAGUCACCUCUCCGCAGUCAGCCAUGUGCGAGCACCAACGGCCCUCUCACAGGAUUGGCACCUGCUGCCUCCUCUGCCUCCUCCUCCUCCUCCUCUUCACAUGCCAAAGAGUGAAAGCCGAUGUCAGUAUCGAUGACCUCCGCCUCUCGUUUCAUCCCAGUCCUAAUGUUCAGAGGGACACAAAUGUGACAAUUAAAUGCCAUGCCAGUGUUAGCAGAAGCUCAGGCUUUAGCUCGCCGCAAUAUGCAUUCAGCAUCAAGAAGGACAACAAAGAACUGCACAGGACCCUCAGCACUUCAAACACCUAUGACUACCCUAUCGAAGCGGCUAGGGUGUCUGACUCGGGGUCCUACCAGUGCUUCCUGUCCAUCGAGGGAAAGAGCCGAUCCAGCGAGAGGGAGAAACUGAAAGUGACAGGAACUCAUAAAGCAGUUAUUCGUGUGGACAGGAGCAGUAUCCAAGAGGGUGAUGAAGUAACGGUCACAUGCGCUGCCCCAGGAGAGAGAGGCUCGUUUAUCUUUUUCUUCUACGUGGACAACAAAGAGGUUCGCAAUAAUGAGUCCUCAUCUGAAGAAUACAGCGUACAACUGCGGCUCAAACACAGCGGCCCCAACAAUCUGACCUGCGAUUACACCAUUAGACUGUUCAGUGAAUCCGUUCCAUCGGCCAUCAGUAGGCAAGCCAUAGUCGUUGUCAGAGAGAUAGACAUUUCUGUUUUGCUGACCAUCUCCCCCUCCAUGACAAUCAUCGAGGCAGACAACUUCAGUGUCUCCUGCAUGGUGAACUCCCCGAAUAAGUCGGAGAGUGUCCUUUUAAUCAAGGGUUCGAAUAUUCUUUCCACUGGGAAAGGCAAGACUGAUUAUGGACAAACAGCAGGAACAGGCCACUCUGGAGAGUACAUGUGCAAAGUGGAGAUCAAUGGUGUUUUCAAGAUAGACAAGAAGAUGUUGACAGUCAAAGAGCUUUUCUCGAGGCCCACGCUGACCAGUUCUCCACCAGAAGCGUUUGAAGGCGAUUUUAUCCGUCUUUCCUGCCAAAGCACCAACGUCUCCUUAGAGAGCAUUAGGAAAGAAAUAAAGUACUCCAUUUUUAAAGACGGCAAUCGUCGAUCAAUAAACAACGAAAAUGGCCAAAUGACUGCCCGAGCAGGCCCUUCAGCCGAUGGAAAUUACACCUGCCUGGCAGAGGCAAAGCUCAUCUCGAAGGAAAGCCCAGUGAUCGUCAUCAGAUCUAAAGUGCUUGCCUCCAAGCCUGAAAUUAGUGUCAAGGAUAAAGUCAUUCUGGAUCGCCCAUUUCAAAUCCAGUGCAAGUCCAACGGCACCCUUCCCAUCAAGUACACACUGUUCGAAGAUGAUAAGGUCGUCUACGAGAAAACCGUGCAUCACCCACGGGAGGAGGCUCUCUUCGCCACCAGCAUCUCCAGGAAGGAACACAUCCACAAGUUCCUGUGCCGUGCUCAGAACUCCCCCCGUGUCCACGUUAGCAGCCAACCUCUGAAGGCCUUUGUUGUAGAGCCUCUGGGUAAACCCCUGCUGACAACCCUGCCUGUCCCAGACAACGUUGAAGAGGGCUCUGAGCUCAUCCUCAUCUGUAACGUUCCCAGCGGGACGCCGCCCAUCACCUUCAAGUGGUAUUGGGAUUCCUCCAGUAGCAAAGCCCACCUCCACACCAGCACGGUCAAUGCCAACUCUAGCUAUCACACCAUCCAGUGGAUGGAGAGAAUGGACAGUGGGGAAUACUUCUGCGAGGCCGUCAACCCUGCCAACAAUGUGAAGAGUGAUCCGGUCACCAUCCACGUGAAGUUGGCCUCCUGGAAGAAAGUGUUGAUUGGUGCCAUCUUCCUCCUGGUCGUCAUCGCCCUGAUCCUCGUCUUCAUCGUCCGCUGCAGAGCCAAGAGAGGUAAAAGAGAGGCGGCUACUGAACUGUCAGUAAAGCCUGCGAGCCCUAAAUCAGAUGACUCUCUCGCAGUGAAUAUGGGCCUUGACACGCCGUUUUUAAACAAAGUGGGUGUGGACAUCGUACCGAGCGUCUGGACUGACAGGCAGUCAAGCUCAGACAGCAGCAGUGACCGGAGCAGGGCCCCCUCGCACAACGGUCCUGACGUGGAGUACACCGAGGUGGUCCAUCCACAGCCUCUAGAUCCAGCCAGAGGUGAGGACUCGCACACUCACUGCAGUUCCUUUAAAGAAGGGUACCGACACCGUGUACAGUGAGCUCCAAACAGCUCCGCUAGACCCCUCUGAGCAUGUAGAUAACGGUACAGUGGAGUAUGCUGAGCUAAAUCAUGACCUUCCUGAGCCGGUAGACUGAUGCUGCCUGGACUGAGACUGAUAGCAUCACACCACAACUGGCCCCUUCUGCCUCUUGCCUUGGAAAGCUCUUCUGUGAAAACUGCUCUACUUGGAAUUUAAAAAAAAAUCAUUGUACAUUUUUUUUACGGAAAUAUGGGCUAGACUUUUUUAAGUAUGUCACAAAACCUUGAUCAUUAAGGAGUAUCAAGAUGUGUUUUUUACCAUUAUCAAGGUGUCCUUUUCACAAUCUAUCACAAACUGUGUGCUAUGAAGCACCAUUCUUGCUUUUAUCGAUCUUUAUAAAUUCUUACAUAUUUUGUGUUUAUGUAUUUUUAAUCAUUUAUAAAUUCUCAUUCUGUGCCUGCCAGAUCUGUUAUGAAAUGUCACGUUUUAGUUUAUUCGUCUGUAGGUACUAGAUACCAUUACUUCCCAAUUUAAUUUAAUGAUGGCAGUUUGUGUUGUAAAUGUCUUUUUCCAGUAAAAUCAAUGUUUCCUUA